CUGUUAAUGUGUAACUCCUGUAGAUAUGAUGUGGGUGUGAACACAUUGCUUUAAAUACAUGCUACCUGGCUAGUUGCUUUAAAACGCAUUUUGUUACUACUGCAAGUGUGAGAAUAUAUCAAAAUCAAUCAUGAAGCUCGCUGUAACCAUAACUUUGUUGAUGGUUGUUCUUCUUUCCUUGUUUUCAGGUAAGUAAACUGUUCAUUUGUAUGCUGAUAUAGUAUGACCCUUAUGGACUAAUAUGUCCGAAUUAAAUGGUAGCAUGCUGAAACGUGCUUAUUACACUUGGCUAAUUAAUAGGUAACUGAAAGAAAUAUUCAUGGGGUCCAUUCACUGAACGGUGUGCUGUUUUGAUUUGAGAACCACCAUGCAUAAUUUAGGCCCUAUUAGUCAAAGGAAACAAUAUACUCAAAUCAUUUAAACAGAAGAUUUAUUUAACUUGGCUAAUUUAGCCUAACACAACUGGCUUUAAGUUCACCACAGUUUGCUGUUUAGUGAACAGACCAGAGUUAUACACAUAGUGUAGAAUCCUGGAUGUUAGGAUUUGCAGGUAAGAAAUCCUGAUUUUAAGUAGAAACAGAAUAAUACUGAUUUGCCAGAUUAGCCUUUUGUACAUAUGAAAAUUGCUAAUUUGGUUGAACUUUAAAUUAUGUCAAUCUGAACCAGAUAUGAAAUUCAGUGCAUAACCUCAUAAACUGCACUUCCGAACAUGUUAGUAAGUUUUUAGUUGAAACAACAUUCUCUGUUUUCAGGAUUUAGAAUGUUCUGGGCUUCCGUAAUAAAAGUUAAUUGCACUGCAGGGAAAUAUGUGAAACUGAAAUAAGAAAAUCAAAUAUACUUCCAGUGAGUGUACAAACAAUGAAAGAUUAUAUGGUAUAUAUUCUCCUGGGAGACGAUUUUCAUUAAUCUAUGUUUAACAUAUAAAACAUUUCAUAUUUCUUAGUUAAUUUAAAAUUUUGGCUAUGUUGGCCUUCAAAUUCACUAUGUUUUCAGAUUGUAUUGAGGCAUAUUAUAUGGUUAACACACUUUUUUUUUACUCCUCCUUAAUUACAGGAUACAUAAAGGCUGAAAGAGAGGUAAAUGACACACACACACACACACGUAUAUGUAAACUUGAACUAAUCCUUGCUUAUUUUAGCUAAUUUAUGUGUUAAACAUUUCAAUAUAGCCAUUUUUACUAUAACUAUUUUAUACUUUCUAGAAAAUAGAUUCUAAAAUUAAUUUUUUUUUAAAGAAUAAUAGUUAAUCAGAAAACAAUAUUUUAAAUGAGUCAAAUUUUUGUAUACGUAACAUAUUACUGCAAUCAUCCAUUUGCUACAGGUCGUAAACGCAAACAAUUCUCCUCUCACAUAUGCUGUUAUUCUCCCGAUAAUUUAUUCUAACUCUCCUCAUGUAAGAACAUUACUGUAUCAUUGCAUUGUCCAAAUGUGUUGUCACCAAUUUACCACCAUAAAUAAUCUCACAAGUUAUAGCACUGUCCAAUACUAUUCCUCAUAUUUUGUUGUACUGUCAAAAAUAGAAUAUGACAUACAAGAUUCAGCAUACUCACUCAGUAAACAUCAACUUCCAAGUUCACAACGAUCUAACAUUGCAUAAGUCUGCCACAAUUUCAAUGUACAUGUACCCCAUUUUUGGUUGGACAUAUUCUAGCAACUACAUAUAUAUAUAUAUAUGUAUAUACAUAUAUAUAUAUAUAUAUAUAUAUAUAUAUAUGUAUAUGUAUAUACACACACACACACAUACAUACAUACAUUUGACCACAAAUGCCACUUUGUUCAAAAAUUGUACACUGCUAAAUUGUCCAAAACUGUCAUAUUGUUCAGAAAAAAAAAUUGCUCAGAAAUGCAGCAAUGGCUAUAUAGUGCUGCAACAUUGUACUGAAGUAAAAAGGUUACACAAACCAUCAUGACCACUUUUGCUUUUAGAAAUGAUAGUGGAGGUGGAAGUUUGAAUGUGCAUUGUUUCUGCGUGAAACGCUGCACACAUAGAAUAGUCUGCUGUUUUGUGCCGUUAGUUACACUCCUGGCACAUGUGACUUAGGUAGCCAGGAACUCUGUUCCAUACUGUCAGAUGUGAAUAUUUAUUUACAGUGUGUGUAUAUAAUGAAUGCAGUGUGUGUGUGUAUGAAUGCAGUGUGUGUGUGUGUGUGUGUGUGAAUGCAGUGUGUGUGUAUAUAAUGCAGUGUGUUUGUAUGAAUGCGGUGUGUAUGUGUGUGUGAAUGAGUGCAGUGUGUGUGUAUGAAUGCAGUGUGUGUGUAUAUAAUUCAUAUAAACGAGUGUGUGUGUGUGUAUGAAUGCAGUGUGUGUAUGAAUGCAGUGUGUGUAUGAGUGCAGUGUGUGUGUGUGUGCGCAGUGUGUGUGUGUGUAUGAAUGCAGUGUGUGUGUGUGUGAUGCAGAGCCUUGGUGGAGGGUGGGCAUUUUUAUUAAUUGUUUUAAUUAUUUUUAUUAUGUUAUUAAUAUUUUUAAUUUAUUUUAAUAUUAUUUAAUUUUUUAUGUAUGUUUUUUUGUCCCCCCUCUCUGCUUGAUGGGCUGUGCAGUGGGGGGGGCUGGCAGAGAGCUGUAACUUACCUUUCCUGCAGCUCCUGUCAGCUCCCUUCUCUCUCCUCCGGUUCGGUCAGCUCCCUCUGCAAGUCUGCCGAUAUGACAGCCGCGCGGGGCGUUGCCACGGUAACCCGUGGCAACACUCUGACCCCGCUGCUCUUGUGAGACUUGCAGUGGAGCUGACCGGACCGGAGGAGAGAGAAGGGAGCUGACAGGAGCUGACAGGAAAGGUAAGUUACAGCUCUCUGCCAGCCCCCAACAGGACAUGCGGGCUUGUAAUGAGCCUGGCGGUCCUGGUCUGUAUUAUGGCAAUGUAAGUUGCCAUAAUACAAACAUUGACUCGAGUAUAAGACGACUGGGGGGUUUUCAGCACAAAAAUGUGCUGAAAAAUUCGACUUAUACUCGAGGAUAUACGAUAUGUCUGUCCUUAAUGCUUGUGACAGAUGUUUAAAAAAAAAUCCCAUCAUUACCCACUUCCCCCUCCCCUUGUUGGCACAGAGUCCACACAUGCGCUCUUAGCCGUUGGAACAGAAUAGACUGCACAAGGCCUUUGGUGAAAUGAUAUAACAAUGUGAAAUGUGUUGCCAGGAGCUUCACCAGGUGCUGGAUUCCAGUUUAGUACAUUACUGUUUAUUGCUGCAUGGAGGAAACUAGUUGGCAGGCUGGUAUCCUCCAUACAGCAAUAGGAAGCACAAACAAACACACAAUGAGAAUCACAGAGGACAGAAUGACAGGGAGAUGUAGUCAGGAACAAAAAACUCACAACAACAUUGAUAUCCACAACAGAAUUCAAGCUUCUGCUCACAUGAAAAUAAACAAUCCCAUUCCUAAAUUGAAUUAAAAAUACUGUGGACAAUCGAAAAUACAACUGUUUUUGAAUAAAUCUGUUGCCUCUUACUUACAGAUUUGUAUAUCAGAAUCAGAAAAUGUAAUAAAAAUGACUACAAAAUAUUUAUUUUGUAACAGUCUAACAAUAGACUGCAUUGUAAUGCUUUGUUUGUCUUUAGCCAACCUGUGAUGGAGCUGCACAUGGCUGCCCAAGAAAUUAUGAUCCAGUUUGUGGUACUGAUGGAAAAACAUAUUCAAAUGAAUGUUUGCUUUGUGUAGAAAAUCUGUAAGUACAAAUUCAUAAAAUUUCAAUAUUUUAAUUACACUGUGCUUUGCCAACUCACAGCACAAGAUAAAUAUAAUUAACCAGAUGGAUAGAUAUAGAUACAGUGGUGUAUUCUGGUUUUGUGCUGCCUUAGGCAUGACCAAACUAAGACACCCCCCCCCCUUCUAAAUUUCACUUCCUAUUAAAAACCAACAUGCUCUUUACCUGACAGACACUCUAAUGCAUACACUGACAAACACUCACUGACAGAUACACAGUCAUUGUCACACACACUAUUUAAGCAACACACACUUUCACUGACAGACAGACACGCACACUCACAUUAACCAACAGACACACACAUUCACUGAGAGAUACACAUACACACUGACAGAUACACAGUCAUUGUCACACACACUAUUUAAGCAACACACACUCACUGACAGACAGACACGCACACUCACAUUAACCAACAGACACACACAUUCACUGAGAGAUACACAUACACACUCACUGACAGACACACACAGUGGCGGCUUUAGACUUUGUGAGGCAUUAGGCAAAACUCAAAUAUGAGGCCCCCACUAACAAACAAAGUGGAAAAAAAAUAGGGGUUGCAUUGUGUGUAAGGUGUGGUAGUUGUAUUGAAGGACAAGCUUGCAGCGCUGGAUACAGAGAGCUAGUCUCUGUAUUCAUUGUUCAGACACUUGCAGUGUUGCGGCUUCCUGUGCCGCUGUGUUGUGAGCUAUCUGACUGUAGUUAUGGCAUAACUUUCAAACUAAAUUAAUUUGCAAUAAACAAAUUUAAUUAGCAAUUAUGCUAAUCAUUUACACAUGACUUCGGGGUAUGAUUACAUAGAUGAAUGUCUUCAGUUUGUGACUAUGACAAGGUGAGUAAAGGGGUAACUGUGGCAGGGUGAGUGUGACAGGCUGAGGGGGGUAAAUGAGACAGAGUUGAGAGGGUGAGUGUGACAGAAUGAGGGAGGGUGAGAAUGAUAGGGGGGCAAUUGUGACAUGGUUGGAGGAGGGAGUGUGACAGUGUAUGGGGAAGUAAGUGUGAUAGGAUUGGAGGAAGCUAAUGUGACAGGCUGCAUGUGGCAUAGUUGGGGGGUGUAUCACAGGGUUGGGGUGAAUGUGCCAUGUUUAGAGGAGGCAGUGUAACAUAAUGAGGGGAGGUGAGUGUGACAAGAUUAAGAGGGUUAAAGUGGCAGAAUUAGAUUAAUGUGGAAGGGAGAGUGUGACAGGGUUUGGGGUGAGUGUGGCACAGUUGGAGGACAGGAAUGGAGGUGCUUAUGUGAGUGUGGCAGGAUGAAGGGAGUGAGUGGGACAGACUGAUAGAGGAUGAGUGUGACAGGGUUGGGGACUCUGUGCGACAGUGCAAGAGAUGGUGAGUAUGACAGGAUUGAGAAGGGUUAAUGUGAUAGGGUAAUUAUGGUAAAACAAGCAAGUUUGGUAUGGUUGGAGGGGGUGAGAGUGACAGUAUUAAGAGGAUUUAAUGUGAGUGUGGCUGGGUGAAGGGGGAGACAGUGUUUGGGAAUGGUGAUAGUGUAUGUGACAGUGGGUGUGGAGAGGUGCUGUGACAGGGUGUGUAGGUGGAGGGGUGACGGGGUGUGGGUGGAGGGUUGACCGGGUGUGUGGGAGAGUGGGGGGCUGUCAUCCCACAGCCAGCAAGGUGGGUUGUGACAGGGUUGGGGGGGACUGUGACAGGUUGGCGGGGACUGUGACAGGGUAGGGGGGCUAUAACAAUAUGUGUGGGUGGCUGUGACAGGGUGGGUGUGGGGGCAGUGACAUGGUAGGUGGGCUGUGAGAAGGUAAGGGGGCUGGAGGGGCUGUGACAUGAUGUGGGACAGGCUCCCUUGAUAAAGGCAUUUUUGGCGAAACGUUGGGGGCUUAUUGGUUGACUCUUGUCCUUCUCACUAGGUCUGGUAUGCUUUUGUUUUCUUUGUUUUGGGGUUUUUAACAAUUGUUUUGGUAUCUCAUACAGCUAUUUUGGAUAGCUGUAUGGAUAUUUUGAAUUCAGUGAUUUGUGCAUUAUGUAGUCUGCCUAUAGGCUACUCUAGAACUUGUAGGUGUUAUAUUGUACUGUUUAUUUGACAUUGUAUGUCUUUUUCAUUCAUUGAUACAGUUAAUGAGAUAGCCUAUUACUGUGAGCCAUUUAAUAAAAAUAUUUUCAUAUACAUUUGUGGUUGUGCCCCUUGUUUAAGCAAUAGGUGUAACUCUUUUGGCCUUUAGUAAUAUGGCCUUAUAAGAGUGAGCACCCAUGACUAGUUUGUCCAUUUUUGUUUGGCUAUUUUCUGAUUCUUAUCAGCACUUCUGAGUGUGCCUACCUGUUUUAAUUGUUACAUGGUGUGGGUAGUAAAAGACGGUAGUAGAAUGAAGGGGCAGUAACAGGGAGUAGGGGUGGUGGAGGGGCAGUGACAAGGCAUGUGGAGUGGAGGGGCAGUAACAGGGGGUAGAGGGUAGUAAAAGGGGGUAGGGCAGUGGUGAAUCCUGGUUUUGACCUGCCAUAAGCAGUUAGUAACAGAGGGUAGGGAGGUAGACAGGGGGUUCAUAAAUACCUUCCCUGACCUGCCAUAAGCAGUUAGUAACAGAGGGUAGGGAGGUAGACAGGGGGUUCAUAAAUACCUUCCCUGAUGGUCCUGUGGGUGCCCUCUCUCCCCAGUAGUCCAGUUCUCUGGUCUGCAACUCUGCCAGGAGUGAGCUGCUGAGCACAUGGUAGUCCAGUCAGAGCAUUUCUGUGGCAACCCGCUGCAAUGCUCUGACAGGCAGGAGAUCGCGAGACACUUCAGUCUACAGCUCACUCCUUGCGGAGCUACAGACUGGAGCCUGGCUCUCUCCUGUGCAGACUGACAGGGGCCUCGCACCCAGCGGCAUUAUGGGCAAGCCACCCGGCCCCCUCCUGUGUCGGGUCCUCGGUCUCUGACAUGGUAGUCUGUCCUAAGGCGAUUUAGGCGGCCACAAUGCCACCAUCAGCACGAGGCCUUAGGCACAUUGACUGACAGACACACACUCUCAGUGACAAACACGCAUACACACACUGACAGACAUACACAUUAAUUAACAGACAUACACACUCUCACUGACACACACUCUUUGACAGACACACAUACACCCUCACUGACAGACACACACUGACACUCUUACUAACAGACACAGACACACACACACACACACACUCUCACUAAAAGGGAUAAACACACACUCUCACUAACAUACACUCUCUCACUAUCAGACACACACUAACACUCACUAACAAACACACACACACACACACUUUCAAUAACAGACACACUAACAAACACACACAAACUAACACACUCACACUUUUUUUUAUUAUUUGCUUACAUUUUGGUGUUGUUUUGGUGGAUUCUUCCCUGGGGUCCGGUGGGGCUGGCAGGGCAGUGCAGGUGGUCUGGCAGGCAUUCGGAAAGGCAUGCGCACAGUUCAGGCGGGCCGCAAGGGAGCUCUGAUCUUAGUGCUCAGCUCCCUUGCAUGCCUCUUAGUGAUUCCAAAGCCUAAGUGACGUCAUAUUCCGGCUCCUGCAUCACUGCAGGGCUCGCGAGGGAGCUGAGCAGGGAAGAGCUCAGGAGAGAGUGCUCCCUUGCUGCCUGCCUCCCACAUCAGCGCAUACCAGCAUCUGGGGGUCCCUUAGUCAGCAAUCCCCUGGUCCACAAGGACAAGAGGCUGACAUGGCAUCUGCCAGGGCAUUUGGGAUGCAGAUUUUUAUGCUGCCCCCCUGAAAGUGCCACCCAAGGCAAAUGCCUUAUCAGCUUCACGGUAAAUACACCGCUGGAUAGACAGACAGGCACACAGAAUAUGGCUAACUCGCAGAAUAAUAAAAUAACGUCUAACUUUGACUAAAUAAAUCCCUAUGUUAUUAGAGUUUAAGAGUUUUCAGGGGAGCAUAGCAUUAGUAAGUAUUUUAAGGGAGCUCAUUACCCAAUAUUUAGUAUUAAAACUAAAUUUUUAUUUUGUUUUCAUAAGAUAAUUUGUACACAGAUAGGGACAAGUGGUCAAGAGCAGGACUUGGAAAUAUCCCAACUUAAUAAGGCAGUGUAAAUGAGUAAGUGCCUGAGAAACAUAUAUAUUAUAGAGCCAACAUCAUGCAAAGUUUGCAAGAGGAGAGAAUGGUAAGUUGUUUUAAAGGUAGUAUAUAUAUAUCCAUGGGGAUGGGGAAAAAUUUAAUUUGAUAUCUGUGGUUUUAUUUGAGAAUUGUUUUAUGAGGUCAGAUAAAAUUAAGUGAGAUGGAAUGUUUGUAGACUGGUCUUUUCAGUAAUUUAGAAACUAGGAUCAAGAGUAAUAUAUGGUGUUAGCUGGAUAUAUAAAUAGGAUCUAGAAAAGAUUUCAUGAUGUUGAUUUGUAGAAAUAUGCCAGUGAGAAGAGACACAUUAACAAUAUGUGCUGAAGGUGUUAGAACAGAAGAGUAAAGGAAGAAUGUUCACAUUAAUAAACGUUUUAUUAUAUAUUAAAUGUCUUAUUAUAUAAAAUUAUAUUAUGUGCUAGAAGCUAUAUCACAGACUGUUUUGUCAUUUCCAGUUUGGUAAUGUAUUCUAUUUUACAUCUUUAACGAUUCUUUAUAUACACUAAUCAGCCAAAACAUUAAAAACACCUGUCUAAUAUCAUGCAAGUAUCCCUUGUGCUGCCAAAACAGCUCCGAUGUGCCAAGGCAUGGACUCCACAAGACUUCAUGCAGUAUCUGGAACCAAGAGAUUACCAGCAAAUCCUUUAAGUCCUGCAGAUUGCAUGAUUUGUUGUUCAGCACAUCACACAGAUGCUCAAUCGGAUUGAGAUUUGGGGAAUUUGGAAACACUAAAUCUAAAAUCUUUGUCAUGUUCCUCAAACCAUUACUGAACAAUAUUUGCAGUGUGGCAGGAUGUAUUAUGUUGCUGAAAGAGGCUGCUGCCAUCAGGGAACAACAUUGCACCUUUGCCAUGAAGGUGUGUACAUGGUCUGCAACAAUCUCUAGGUAGGCGGUAUGUAUUAGAGUAACAUCCACAUGAGUGCCAGGACCCAAGGUUUCCCAGCAGAACAUUGCCAGAGCAUAACACUGCCACUGCCGGCCUGCCUUCUUCCCAUAGUGCAUUCUGCUGCCAUCUCUUCCCCGGGUAAACGAUGCACAUGUACCCUUCCAUCCACCUGAUAUAAAAGAAAACAUUAUUUAUCAGAUCUUCCAUUGCUCCAUUGUCCAGUUCUGAUGUUUUCUUCUCCAUUGAAGGUACUUUUAACAGUAGAAAGGGCACUCUGAAAAGGCUGAGGCAACUGUGAUGCACUGUGCAUUCUGACACCUUUGUAUCAUGGCCCGCAUUACGUUUUUCAACAAUAUGAGCUACAGUCAGUGGCGUACUAAGGAGGCGGUCCGCCCUGGGUGCCAGCAGGGUGGGGAGUGCCUUGGGAGGGGGCGCCGCCAGGAGCGUCGGGCCCCCCUCAUGCUGCAGCCGCCCGAGCGCUCUGCAGAGAGCCUUAGGCGGCUUCAGAUUUGCCCAUCCGGGCGCAGUCUGAGGAGAGGGGCUGACAGGAGGGAAGCGCUCAGCGCUCCCUCCUGUCAUUCCCUCCCAGUAGCGUGGCCGAGCCCUCUAUUGGUCCGCGGGUACAGGGAGCAUCUGUCUCCUGUACCCGGCCAGACUAACAGGAAGUGCACACUGAGUGUUCACUUCCUUUUAGUCCGGCCGGGUACAGGAAACAAAAGGAGAGAUUGGGGGGGAUAAGAGAGAUUGGGGUGAUAAGAGAGAUGGGGGGAUAAUGAGAUUGGGGGGGAUAAGGAGCGAUUGGGGAGAUAAGGGAGAUUGGGAGGGGGAAGGAAAUUGGAGAGGGGAUAAAGAAAGAUUGGGGGGAUAAAGAAAGAAAUUGGGAGGGGGGAGAAGGAAAUUGGGAGGGGGGAGAGAGAUUGACAUUCAUCACACACAAUGCACCCCUUGCACACAGAAAAACACACAAUGCAUUACACACACAGACACAAGCAAUGCAACCGUUACACACAAUGCAUCCCUUACACACACAGAAACACACAAUGCAUUCAUUACACACACUCAAUGCACCCCUUACACACACUCAAUGCAUCCCGUACAUACACAGAAACACACCUUGCAGCCCUUACACAUACAAGCACAGAUUCACACAACGCAUUCCUUACACACAUAUCAGGACAUCCCCUACACACUCCACCCCCUGUGAACAAACUCAUUGGUGGAACAUGAAGGUGGACCCUGGGACCCAGACCUUGAGCUGUGUAAAGGGCCCUGUAACGGAUCACCUGGCAACCCGACUGGGUACCUCCGUUGAAAGAUGCUCCUAGCGCUUCCAGAGGACUCCAAGCACUCCACCAGACACCAUAAGCACCGCAGGCUGCAGCUAUCUCCCUUCAGAACGAAGCAGGAACAAGCUCUUACAAGAGCUCAGUGAUUAUAGCAAGGGAAUAUGCCUAGCAUAGCAAUCCCUUGUAGCAGAUUCCCCAAAUAAGAGACAGGACUCAAGUUGAGGGUAAAAAUAGAACUCUCUGGCUGCUAGCUUGCAGCCCUUUUUAUUAGGUGCUCCCAUGAAGGGGAGGGACACACACAGUAACGUACAUUAACCAAUCACACAAUAGUUACAUCCCACACAUAGCCCUCCCCUCUACCUGUAAGCUAAUUAUCUGUACACACAGGGAAAUACAAUUAUCAUAGGUAGGGAAAAUACAGUUCUUACACAACAUUCAUAACUCCCAAAAUAUACAUCACAUUCGCAUAAAAAUACAUAUUCACAAUCAAUCCAUUCAGGGGAACAACAUAUUAAAAAAUGGCAUGAAUCCGACCAGGGGUUCAAAAGUUAGUAAAAGUAUCUUUUGUUCCCCCUGGCUCAAACAGUAAAAGUAAAACAUCCCCACAAUGCAUCCUGGCUUCCUCCCUUCUGCCCUGGAGAUAAUUGGAGAAGGAAUCUAAUUAUCUCAAAAGACAGAGCCAAACUCCAUUACCCACAUGGCAGACAAAAAGACAGUAAAAGACAUAAAAUUACAUACUGACACAUUUAGUACAUAAAACACACAUUUCUACAUAUCCCCAGAUAGCUUGGAUCUGACUGCACAUUAUUAGAUGAAUGGCACUCAGAUCACACGAAUAAGCCUUUCUGCAGGGAAAAUAAACAGUUUAACCUGCGGGGCCAUAGUCCAAAGGCAAGAGGCGGGCAAGCAGCCCCCUCCAAGGACACGUGGCGAGGUCGGUUUUGCCACACUUCUCCCCUUUGCCCCCCAGACUAACAGGGUAUCUGACCUCCUGCCGGUCAGUGCCCUGGUUAGUCCAGCAACCCACCCACGAAGCACAAACAGCAGUACAACCCACCCACAAUAAAUGUUUACUCCACCUGGAUAAAGUAGCAACUUGUCCAUGUCCAGGUGCCUCACCACGGCUGUGUGGGGAGCUGGUAGACUGCCUUGGUGGGUUGCUGAGUGGGCAGAGACCAGCGGUACUCUGCCCUGGUGCCAGCGCUACCACCGAAGUAGCCUGAUUGGAGCCUGGUUGUGGGAGGGGGAGACCGACCGUCUCCCCUCUGGGUACACAGCUCUGGGGCUGGGGAACAGGACCGACCGUCUCUACCCCUUGGGCUGUAAGCGCAGAGACUACGGUCCCAUCUGCACAGUUGCGGGGCUCAACAUCUCCCCUUGGUGGGUUAGGCUGCCGCUGGAGAGAGGGUGUAACAAGCUCCUCUCUCUGGACUGUCAACUGCCGCUGGGGAGAGGGGUUAACAGGCUCCUCUCCCUGACACUCUCUCUGCUGGUGGAGAGGCGGACCAGCUGUCUCCCCUUUCAUUAUUUUGUCCUGCUGCUGGGGUGUGAGACUGACAGUCUCUGCUCCCUGCAGGACACACUGCCGCUGGGGAGGAAGGACGACACCUUCAGCUCCCUGGGGUACACACUGCCGCUGGGGAGGAAGGACGACACCUUCGGCUCCCUGGGUUACACACUGCUGCUGGGGAGGACGGACGACACCAUCAGCUCCCUGGGGUACGCACUGCCGCUGGGGAGGAAGGACGGCACCUUCCGCUGGGGCAGCCUGUAGAAAGUCAGGCUCAGGGGAAGGAAACAAGGGAGGACAGAGGCCAGCGGCGCUCUGCCCAGUUGCCAGCUCUUCUGCUGGGGGUCAGGGAACAAAGGAGUUGGCUGGGGAGGAGAAAUAUCACUUACCUCCCCCUGGUACUCCGGCUGCUGCUGGGGGGGGAGGUCGAUGCUCUCCACUUUCUGUAACUCCAGCUCUAGUUGGGAUCUGGGCCGGUUGCCCAGCAUCCCUGUAGGGCCGGUGGAGAGAUCUCGGUCCCAUCUCCACCUGCCUGCAGGGGGUCCUCCCAGGACCAGUCUAUGAGGUCCUCUACCUCGGGUACCUCUGGUUGCUGUUGGGGAGGGAGACCGGUUGUCUCUUCCUCCAAUAACACAUUCUGCCGCUGGGGAGUGAGACCGACUGUCUCCCCUCCCUGUAAAACAUACUGCCGCUGGGGAUCUGGGCCGGGUGCCCAGCAUCCCUGUAGGGCCGGUAGAGAGACCUCGGUCCCAUCUCCACCGGCCACCUCGGUUUCUUCCUCGUCCCACUCUACCUGUGGCUGGAGUUUCUCCCAACGUGCCCACUGGCCUUCCCUCAACGCCCUGUGUUGUAGGUUCCGGGUCACCAUGUCCCACACGAACCGCACGUAUUUCUCCUCUGGAUUGGGUCCGUAAAACUUCAGGUGCAACCCUACCAUCAUGCCAAACUCUAGUACGGAGUAGCUAUACGCCAUGCUUGCUGUAGCCACUGCUGGUUCCAUUAUGUUGCUGAAGAUAAGGACGCUGCACAACUCCACACGUUACCGGUGUCUCCGAGCUGCUUCUCCUCGCACUAGGAUGCCAUCCCGCCGCUUGCCACCAAUGUAACGGACCGUUUUGCACAAAAAGGGAAAAAACCGUUUAGGCGAUCGGCCCCCUUUCCAGAGAUCCAGGCACAGCUACUGCAGAACACCAAAACUCACGAACUGGAUACAGAAUAGCACUCCAACUCCCGAACUGGAACCUCCCAAAUAGUUGCUAGCAGACGAACAGGAAAAGCAGACAAUCGGCUUACACUCCUGGCAAUCAGUCUCUAACAGCAUACAGUGAAUCCCCCCAAGAACGAGACAAGGCUCCGUGUUGAGGGUCAAGCAGUGGUCUGAGGUGCUGGCACACCCAGCCUGGUUUUUAUUACAGUGUUUCAAAUACAGGACCACCCACAGGGAGGGAUAAAACAACCAAUCAUAUCACAGUUACAUCCCACAUAUUCCCUCCCCUUAUCCUGAGAGGAAACUCAAUUAUACAAACAGUUAAAACAUACUUUCUACCCAACUUUCAUAACUCCAAAACCAUACAUCACAUUCGCAUAAAAAUACAUAUUCACAAUCAAUCCAUUCAGGGGAACAACAUAUUAAAAAAUGGCAUGAAUCAGACCAGGGGUUCAAAAGUUAGUAAAAGUAUCUUUUGUUCCCCCUGGCUCAAACAGUAAAAGUAAAACAUCCCCACAAUGCAUCCUGGCUUCCUCCCUUCUGCCCUGGAGAUAAUUGGAGAAGGAAUCUAAUUAUCUCCAAAGACAGAGCCAAACUCCAUUACCCACAUGGCAGACAAAAAGACAGUAAAAGACAUAAAAUUACAUACUGACACAUUUAGUACAUAAAACACACAUUUCUACAUAUCCCCAGAUAGCUUGGAUCUGACUGCACAUUAUUAGAUGAAUGGCACUCAGAUCACACGAAUAAGCCUUUCUGCAGGGAAAAUAAACAGUUUAACCUGCAGGGCCAUAGUCCAAAGGCAAGAGGCGGGCAAGCAGCCCCCUCCAAGGACACGUGGCGAGGUCGGUUUUGCCACAGGCCCCCAAAAAAUGGAGCUGUUUCUCGUUCUCCCAGAACAUUGAUUUUUGUGACCACAGUUACAAACUGCCUCCAGAGAGCCUGUUCUACACCAGACCAGUGGAGCCAGACUGCAGCUAGAGCCCAUCAUCAUCCUCAUCUGGUUGUAAGUAGGCAAUCUAGUAUGUUAUUUGUGGCACUAAUCUCUAAUUUACCUCACAUUAAAGAAACACUAUAGUCCCCAGAACCCCUGCAGUUUAAUGUAAUGGUUCUGGUGUCUAUAGCCUGUCCCUGCAGGCCUUUUAAUGUAAACACGGCGGAACUGCAGCACUGGCGUUAGAUAACAUGGCAAAUCAUAUGGGUGGGGCAUUGUGAUGUCACAUGGGGGAGACGGCAAACUUUACUUUUGCCUAGGGCGGCAAAAAUCCUUGCACCGGCCCUGGCUGGAGGGGGCUGUGUGAGCUGUGGCCGCACAGUGCCCCAUGGUAGUUACAGCUCACACAAGCAAACAGCUGAUAAACUGGCCGCAUCGAGGAAAAGUGGGGCGGAGCUAAGCAAAAUCAGAGGCGGGGCCACACUGGCGCUGGGGGCAGGGCUUUUGGGGGGCCCAGGAUCCGCCCCGGGUGCCAAAUGCUCUAGGUACGCCCCUGGCUACAGUAGCUUUUCUGUGUGAUCGAAUCAGAUGAGCUGGCCUUCGCUCCCUACGUGCAACAAUGAGCCUUGGACGCCUAUGACCUUGACACUAUUUCACUGUUUGUCCUUCCCUGCACCACAUUUGGUAGGUACUAAUCACUGCAUACCAUGCACAUCCAGCAAUACUUGUCGUUUUGGAGAUGCACUGACCCAAUUGUCUAACCAUCAUUAUUUAGCAUUUGUCAAAGUCACUCAGAUCUUUUUGGUUGCCCAUUUUUCCUGCUUCCAACGCAUGAAAUUAAAAAGCUGACUUGUUGCCUAAUAUCCCGCCACCUUCUCAUGGAGCCAUUUUAAUAAUAUAAUUGGUGCUAUUCACUUCCCUGUCAGUGGUUUUAAUGUUGUGUCUGAUCAGUGUAUAUUGUAUAUAUGUACAAUUUAUAAUGUACAAAAACAAAAUGCAAUUUUCAUAAAAUUACCUUGGGCUUUUGCCAAACACCUAAUAAGUCUCUAAGAUAUUCAGAUGCAUAAAACAUGACCUUUUUCAGUUUGUCUCUAUCAUAGACUAUAUGUAAUACAUCAAAAACAGUUUUUAUUCACUGAAUAAAUUGUUGAUACUACAAAAUUAAAAUAUAAUAAAAAUUCUCUUAUAGUAGAAUCAAAUCUUUGAUCAGCCUAAAAGGAAAAAUAUGUCUCUCUAUGCUUGCAGAUUAUCUAGGCCUGGGAUGGCCAACUAUCAGAUUUAAUUUAUUUAGUGUAAAAUAUCAGGGUGAAACAAUCAAUUGAGAGCCAGGGGCAAUAUAAAGAAAUCUGUUGAUCAACUGUCCAGUAGAAGACAAAAUAGUUGUAUAUCUAAAAAAAUAAAAAUACAUGGAUAGUUUUUCACGUAUAAUGGUGUAUGCACAAAUACAGCAAAUUAUUGCUCAUACAAGUUAAAAAAUUAAUUAAAAUGUUUUGUAACAUGUUUUACCAUUUAUCCAUAUAUAAAGAAAUAUGAACUUUUUAACAUGUGGUUUGUGUUCGAUUCAUAGUGAGUUUUUACAAUGUUUUUAAAUUACUUUCGUUUUUCUAAACACCUUAUUGGUGUUAUGAGCAGUUUGUACUCAAAUGUGACAGAUCCACUUUAACUCAUUGUUAAAGUUAAUAAUCAAUUAUUAUGCUUGCAUGGGAUGUAUGUACACUAAUAUUAUAUUUCUAUUUGCAGGAAAAAAAAUAUUCAUAGUCGCAUCACAAAAAAUGGAAAAUGCUGAAGACUUUCUUUUUUUUUACUUUAUCGAUGAAGUCAGAACAUCAGCAUCUUUAAUUCUGGCCCGAUUUUGUCUCUGGUGAAGUUAUUUGUCUGAAAACAAAAUAAAUCAAAUAAGAAAAUCCAUUUCACUAUAAAGUGGAUUUACUUCUAGAAAUAUACUAUUCUGCAUAAAUUUUAAUUAAAUACUUAAAUAAUUCAAGUAUACAAAGAACUUCUUCCUUCAGUAGAUAUUACUAAGAAUCGUUCUGUGAAUCAUGGUUUUCUGGAGGAAAUCUAUUGACACUGAUGUACGGUUACAUACAAUGAAAUAUAUUCAUUUAUAUUUAUAUAUGUGAUUAUGUGUGACAAAUAUAAAGUGACCACUGUAAGAUCUGUUGAUAUAUUUUUAUAAUUCCUUCUUUGGCAAAGCCAGGACAUUCAUAAUGCAAAAUAUAUAGAACAUAUUAUAGGAAAAAUAGAUGUAUGCUACAUAAUAUCUAGAUAUAACUGAGGAUGAUAAUAAACUAUAAUUAGCAAUUAGCUAUAACAAAAUAGAGGCAUAUUCAUAGAUAUAGUACUAGUCAAUACCAUUGAAAUUUGAUCAUUCGGAAGAGUCCAAAUUUCAGAAUUCUUUACAAACCAAAAACAAACUAAUUGGAAACAAAUUAAAACAAUUUUCUUCUGAUCCAUUUGCUUUCAUAAGGAUAACAAAUUAGUGACUUAUUACUAAGCAACUGAAAUAGCAAUAUAAAGAACAAGAGCUUUUUCUUUAAAAGCUUCCUAGUUUGGUAUUCUUACUUGGGAUUGUCAUUUUACGUAUAUUAACUAAGGGGCUAUCUACUAAAAUGAACAACUCCCUAAUUUGUUACCUAUUUGUGGGAUUACCAUUUUUGAGGAUAUUAAAUCCGUGCGCUUUCCUAUUUGGUGUGCUUAAAUAUGGCAAUCCAAAUAUGGCAAUCCAAUGAACAUAUAACAAAUUGAGGAUAUUUCUAAUGAACUGAAUACCAAAUUAAGAAGAUAUAAAGCCCUUUUAUUAAUUUUGAUCUUUU